ACUCCAAACUGAAAAGAAGUGAAAUAUUUGCAAUUUAAGUUUCGGCCGCUUGCGAAAUACACACACACACAUCUACAUAACAUAUCCAAACAAAUAAGCGCUCACCUUGAGGUGAUGGCAGAAAAGCAGAAAAAUCCGUGACAACGCGUGUAGAUAUUAGAAAAACUAAAGUUAAAAAAUAAAAAAUAAAAAAAAAACAACUGAAAUAUAAAUGCGUGUAAUUGUGCUUGCGCGCUCGGCUGUUUUUUGUUGUUUGUGCGUUCGGUAUGUGUGUGGAAAUGGAAAAUGAUACAAAUCGAAUUGAGCAGGCGAAAAGGUAAAAGAGGCAAAAAAGCAAAGUGCAAAGUUUGCGAAAAACAAUAUUAAAGUAGAAUUGAAACAUAAAUAUAAACGCAAUACCGCGCGCAUAAAAUGAAAACACCAAGUGGCUGUGUCGCAACAACAACAACAACCGUCGCCGUCGCCGUCACCGUCGCCGUAGAUGCGCUGUUGUUCAACUGAUUUUCAGUUGGGAGGGAAGGUGUGCCGUGUUGGCGGCCAGUGUAAAAAAGAGCUGUCGCUCAAAGUGCAAUGUUAAAAAUUCAACUGAAGUUUCAAAAUGAAAUAACACCAACAAUAGCAACAACCGCAAACGUAUAGCAAUCAACCAACAAUAGCUUUAACAACAUAAGAAUAUUUAAUAUUUUCAAUUGCCAUCAACGCAAUUGCAUUUAAGUAAGAAAAAAACCAAAACACGACAACAACAAUAUAACGGUGUGCCUACAACAACAACAAUAGCAGGAGUACAAGAAACACUUUGUUUAGCGGUGAUAGUCACAGCAACAAUAACAACACUGGGGAACAAGCAGUAUUUGGUCGAACACGCGGGGUGGUGGACGGGCGUCUUGGGGUGAAACCGCAACCAAAUAGUUUCAACACCGUUUACCGGAAGUUGGAUUUUUCGUGAACGCAAAGUGGUAGACUUCAGAGCAUGGAUGCUACGACUGUUGAAUCUAUAAUCGCAAUGCCGCUGGGCGCCGCCAGCAACAGCAAUACCAACAUGAGUUGUGGCAGCAGCAGCAGCAGCAACAGCAGUGGCUAUGCGAGCGCCACCACCCCCACGAAUCCCGCCUCGGCCGGCAGUAGCAGCAGCCACAGCCAAUAUUCGGACUCGCAUUCCAACACACCGGUGGGCUUGGUCGAGCCGACACCUGUGGCCACGAUAGCUGCCGUAACGCCGUACUACAAUGAAACGUUCCAGCAGCAACACCACCAGCAACAACAACAACAUCAACCACAACUUCACCAUCCACCACAUCCACAGUACCCACACCAAACACAUUCAUAUCAAUUAACGGAGCCCUUGCCCACAUCCUCGCAAUACGAUAACACCUACGAUUCGUACACUUAUCUCAGCGGUGGCGAAAGCUAUCAGCAGUCCAGUGGUGGGAGUGAACGCAAUUUAUUGGGCAUGCGGCAUGCUACAUCGCAUUAUACAACCUUGGAGAAGCCGAGUAAGCAGCCCACACAAACGGCUAUACAGCCUCACACUAAUACUGCCAAAAGCAACAAAAUUUACAAUAACAACAGCAGCGAAACCGCGCUCCGUUCUACAAAACGUAUUGGUGAGUCGAACACGGCCGCUAAACCGCAGGCCGCCGCAACGCCGUUCUAUGCGAAUUCAUUGCAAACGGGUGGUUCGGGCACCUAUGGGGACCCCAUCAAAUAUAGAAUGUCUACUGGCACCAAAUUGCCAACCCUUGGCGAUUAUCUGAACUACGGGAACCAACCAUUAGAUAUUAGCAACACAGGGAAUUAUACGCAAAGCUUUCCGCAGCAUCACGCAGGAAAACCGCUGCAGGACGUGCCGUAUGGUGCGAGUCCGACGCAAGUGAAAACCUUCAACAACAUGCCGAACACGCGCUUGCCGCAACAACGUCUGAGCAUGCAUUACGGCAAUACAGCAAUGCCUGUCGGCAUUCCUAUCGGCAAUGCGUCGAAUAACAGUAACGGCAGCAACAGCAGUAGCAGCAUUUAUAUCGAUAAGUAUGAUAAAUAUUUGUACAAUGCAGUGAGCACCGUGGCACAGUCACCGUACUAUACAACCACACCACCCGCCAACCUCUCAGCAAUGCCCUACAAUGCAGUACCGUACGCACCCGCGCCGCCUGCGUCUACGUCAGUCCCACCACAGUAUGCUGCUGAAAUUCCCAACGACGCCUACCGCAAGUCAUCGGCCACGUCGGCUUGGCACUGGAGCAUGGACUAUUCCAACGGUAAUUGUCGCACGCUGCCGCCGCCCAACGGCAUACCGACUGCCGCCAUACCGCCGACGAAUGCUAGCUAUGUACCGACUAACGCCACAGCCGCCGCCAAUCGUGAUAUAUACUAUAGUGCUGAGAAGUAUAGCAACAAAUAUGAUAAGUACAAUUCAUAUUAUAACCCACACCAACAGUAUAUGACGUCGAAUGCGACUGGACGUAGUGCCUGGUCGAAUUCGCCGCAUUCCUCAGCACACCUUGUACCCACACUAGCCGAACGUUUGUCACACCCUUAUCCACACCAUGCACCGCUAACUACGGGCGGCGUGCCAACCGCUUUGGCGCCGUCUGCACAUCCCUCCCUCGCAUAUCAUCAUCCCUACACGCCUUCCGCAGCUACAGCCACUGCGCGCCAAAAUUGUUGCUCACAAUUUCAACAACAAAACUGCUACUAUCCUCGUACGGCACACCAUCCUCACCUUCCACCGAACACGUAUAGCCCACACUCGCAAACGCCACCGUACGGCACCAGCAGUACUGCAGUCGGCAGCGGUAACAGUCCUGUCAUCAAAUAUAACGUGCUAGAUUAUGGACCAGCCAACAAAUCAAAGGUGAAUACAAAUGAUGUCUACGCUGCAACGCCCGCAUACGAAGCGACGAAUAUGAAUUAUCAUUCCCAUCCGGCAGGUAUGGCUCACAAUGCUCAAUAUGGGAACGCUAUGGCACCUACUACCGUCGUUGCACAUCCACCGCUCAAUCGUAAUAUGACACCGGGUUCCCACAAUGACAUCACGACUGUUUAUUAUAAUGAUCUCAAUAUGCAAACCAACUAUGAUAACUAUAUGGGGCCUAUACAACCUACGCCGCUAGUUGAAGAACGACGUGAAAGUUUAGUCCAAAGAGUUGACCAUCUACCCAAUUUGCCACCACCCUACACGCAAUCUACUUCUACGAAGAAUUCGUUAAUCGACUAUCGGAAGCCCGCGGUCACACCAAAUGAUGACAGUUUCAUAGCAGAGCCAACGCUCACCAAUUUAGAUGAGCAUAUGGCUACCAAUAUGAGUCAGAACCAAUACGAUAAUAGCUAUGGUCUGACCAGAGCAUUGGAACCAAUCGACGACGGCAUGUAUGGCAAAGCAACAACGCGUGAGAGUACAGUUAAGCCUGGUAACCCAACACCGACAACACCCACCACUAAAACCUACUCUAGUUUGCGUGAUUUUCUCAGCACAUGGAAUGAGGAUGAGGAGGAUUACGGUGGCGCUGAUGAGCUACAGUUUGUUGAGAACGCACCACCAGCGAUUGAUCAAGUCAUGCGUGCCGAAAACAAUACUAACUGUGUUGAAGUAAUAAAUAAAAUGUCGAGCUUGCAAGAACUUCCCACCGAAGCGAAUACACCAGCAGCCUAUGUUGGGGACUCCGCACCGCUAUAUAGGGCGCAACCCCAGCCCCUAGUUAUAAAUAACUUGCAAUUAAAAGAAGAUUAUUAUCAACACCCAAAGACUCAACCAAGCAUUGGCGCUGGUAGCACCGUUAAUAUGGAGGAAAGUCAGUAUGCAAAUAUAAACUUACCUGACAUUGUCAUCGAUAUUGAGAAGUCCGGUGGCGGAGCACCAAAUAUAUCAGGCGCAACUAAGGCACCAAGCAACAACAAUGUUGUCGAAAAAUCCAAUGACAAGGACGUAAGCUAUGAUUGCUUCGAUGUAGAAAAAGAGCUCGAUGAACUAGAAUCAAUAAAGAUGGUAAAGAUACCAAAAAUUAAUACCGAUACAACGCCCAUACGCAACGGUAGCGUCAUCAUGAAGGCGGCUACCGAAGCGCUCGGAGUAGUUACACCCAAUGCAAUGCUCGAAUCAGAAAAUCUUGAAAUAAUUGCGAGUCUUAAAGCCGUAAAUACUCCUGCUGUACAAAAAAUGGCGGAAAAAGUGGAGAAAGACUUUUGUUUCUCAGAGCACAGAGCAGAACAGUCCUUAUUAACCGUCCAGGCAAAGAGCGACAGCACAUUCGAUAGAAGUAUUGAAUGUGACAAUACAACCAGUUCGAAUGGUUCCACAUUUGAGAAGGAAUACGAAACCUUCAUUAAUAAGAUAGGAAAUGAGUUUGAAUACAAGGUUAACAGUAACAAUGAGAACAAUUUUACUGCAGCUGUAAGCAACAAAUUAGUUCAUUCUGAUAUCAAUACAAAUGUUGCCGUAAACCAGGAAGUGCCAACAAAUGAAAUAAAUAACACAGCGGUCAAACUAAAUACAGAAAGUGAUAUGGAGAUAGCACAAAAAAUUAAAAGUUUUUCGAAGUUUCAUAAACGGAAACGAAAAUUUUCGGAAACGACCAAUAAUGCAAGUAAAAUUCCGAAGCAAUCGCACGAUCUUGAACAAGAAGUGAAUAAGGAAACUAAUUUUAUAGAGACCUUCUCCAAACCUUGCAGAAAAAAAGACUAUAAUGUCCGCUUACACACACUUCGCUUGAAAUAUAUAAAAAAAAGAGAAAACAAAGGUCCUUCUUUCUAUCAACGGAGGAUACGGGCACUAUAUCAUCAUUUCGUUAAGAUUAACAAACGACUCAUUAUAUCCAGUCUGUUAAGAGAAGAAAUGGUCAAAGUGUCGCAAAAACACUUACCGUUAAUCGACCGCAUAAAUAGCACUACACUACCAACUAGAGAUGGAAGCGAUAUCAAACAAUAUUUCAAUCCGAAAACAUUGAAAUUCCUAUGUGUGGCUUUCAUUAACUCAGAGCUGUUCCAAAACAAACUCUUGAAGGGUGUUGAAAUUUCUAAAGAAAUUGAUAAAAUACCAGAAACAAAUAUCAAUGAGGAAAGUGUAAGGGAUAGUCCAAUACCACAAGAGGUGAAAGAUUGUGAAGCGAAAGAAAAUACUAUCAACGAGGUCUGUAAUAAGAUAACAUGUCCACCUUCAUUGUCAUCAUUCGUUGCAGAAAACAUUUUUGAAGAGAAUGUUCGAAACGAAGUUUCUGAUAGAACUUCAGAAAUUGACGAGUCAGAAUAUUCAAAACAGUUAUCGGAAGAACCACCAAUAGCUGAAUUGGGUCUCGAGAGCAUUGAGGUUACUCAAAACGACGUUAACUUGAAGAAUCACAUUGAUUUUGACAUGCCAACUACUUUGGAUGUGAAGGAUUCAAAAAUGGAGCUUGAUAGCAUUGAAACGGAUGAAAUCGAAAAAGAAGUUCAUAGUCCUGAUUGUAUUACAGAACCAAUGGUUCAUAGUGUGGAAACUAAUGCAGAAAGCAUUAACACAAGGCCUAAAUAUGAUGAUAAACAUGACCGAAGUGUUGAUAGAAUGGAAAUUAAAGAAAUUGAAUCCGAAGCCUAUGAUGGUGAUAUAUCAGGUGAUGGUGAAAUCGUAGCCACGAAACUUUUAACAAAAGACAUUGACAAACCCUUUUCCGAUUUAAAUACAAGUGUAAAUAUGAUGGAUAUUUUAGAGAACCAGUGGAUUUGCAAUGAAAGUGUUGAAAACAGAGUGCCUGAUGUAGAGAACUUGGCAUGUUUAACCAAAGAUCUCGUAAACCAAGUAAUUCCACCAAAUGAUUCUGAAGAUCAUGUGAAUGAGAUCACCGAAAAUACCAGACAAAAAGCGACAGUUACUGAUUUAGUUCACGAGAAUGUUGAAAAUAGAGAGUUGGAAGCAAUGGAUCUGACGUGUUCCGCAGGAGUUGAGGAGAAUUCAAUACAUAAUCAGAAAACAGAAGUACCUGAAUGUGCAAUCUCCGUACCUCAGAAUGAGAUAACGUUAUCUGAAUUUUCAGGACCGUGCAGCAAUAUGGAUCUCGAAGACGCAUUUAAGGUUGCUGAAUAUCCAUCAAGAAUUGAUGGCAGUCCUUUAUCCGUCAUGGAAGUUGCUGAAAGUCCACCCACAACUCCGCAUAUGGGUUCUCCAGUACAUAUGAAGAGCGAAAACAGUAAUGACACAGACAUUAUAAUGCUAAACGCAUUUGAUUUAGGCGAGCAAGCAAAACAACCAAAUCACUUCAGUAGAAAUGUAGAUUUAUCUGAAACAGAGAAUAGCCUUGAUAUGUUUGGAGCUAGAAGAAGUGCAGAACAUUUCACAACAACGUCGAAAAAUUACUUCACGACGAAUAUGGAUCUUGACGAAAAUUCAUCAGACAGUAAUUCAUCGAGUAGUGCUGAUUCAUCCACAUCAUCUUCUAGCCGGAGAUCGAGCACAUCCUCAUCGUCCAGUUCCAGUUCCUCCACGGACGAAAAUUCUCAAAGUAGCUUAACAACGGUACAAAGCGAUUUCAAUGAAAUGAAGGAAUUGGAAAGAGAACUCUCGCAACAUCAGGCAAAUGAAGCGGGUAUCUCAAUUGAGCUUGAAAAUGGCGAAAAGACUGCGGUAGCGACCAAUAUCGAAGAUAACAGUGGCAAUGAAGUUUAUAUCAAUUCGUCGAAAACUAUAACAGAGAACGACAUUAAAACCUUGAAAAAAAUAUUAGAAAGUGAUAGUGAUGGACAUGAAGAGAUAAGUACAAACCGUGAGGAUGUUAAAGCCGAGCUUGAAAAUGGCGAAAAGACUGCGGCAGCGACCAAUAUUGAAGAUAACAGUGGCAAUGAAGUAUUUAUCAAUUCUUCGAAAACGAUAACGGAGAACGACAUUAAAACCUUGAAAAAAAUACUAGAAAGCGAUAGUGAUGGACAUGAAGAGAUAAGUGCAAACCUUGAGGAUGUUAAAGCCGAUACAAUAGACGUUGAAAAACUAAGUGCCGACAAAACAACAAGCGUUUCGAAAGAGCAACAAACAGAUACAGUAAAUGGUGUGGCGGAAGAUAACAAACUAAUGCAAAAUGAAGAUUGCGUUGCAAGUAACGGUGAAGUAAACGUGACAAUGCCUACGGCAGAGCGUGACUGUAUUGGUACGGAGGUGGUGGAAGAGUGCGUAGAGAGUUGCGAGAAGUCGUGCGAUGUCGAAGGUUUGGCGCGUGAACUCGCAGUGGAUGAAGACCAGCCGCAGAACGAACCUGUGUUUUGCGCAGCAAUAAAUAUCGAUGAUAAUGAUGAUGACAGCAGUGGAGUACCGAGUUUGAAGAAACUAUCGCUGGACUAUAUAGAGCGAGUAACUUCCAUUGAAAAUCAUACGCUAAAUAACCGAACUGAGGAUGCGUUAAAUAGUAAAAUACCAAAGCUAAGUGACCUUUGUAAAAUUGCCUUAAGUAGUUCCUUUGAAAUUAGCGCCAACAACAACAGUAACAACAACACAAACCAAAACACGCCCGAAGCGUUAGAGCGUGAAUUGAGCGUUGAAGAAGCUUUAGCCGAAAUGUAUCGACAAGCCGGUGUCACAUCAGAUCCCGAAGAUGGCGAUGCUGAGGAGAGAGAAGCUCAAGAUGUAGUACUAAUUAAUUUAGAAGAAAUUUUAGUUAACGAUAGUGAUUUAUAUGUUUUACAAUGUGAUAUGAAUGAAAAUGUGCUCAGCGUUGUGGCGCAUGCGCAGGCCAGCGAUUUGCCCAUGCAAGUCGAUGAAGGUGUAGAAGAUAUUGAAAGAACUGUAAAUGCUGAAAUGCAUGCAGAAGAAAUGAUGGGUUUAGAAAGUCCACAAGAAGAGGUGGUAGUGACCGAUGAUAUGCAAACCGAUUAUCUCGAGUCAUUAGUGAAUGUACACGAUGCCGUAGAUAAUUCCCCAUCUGCACUACCGUUAACCCCAUACAUUACACCCCCACACACAGUAGAGUACGUUGAAGAUGAGUUGAGGAUCACGAACGAUGACUCACUCAAUACACAAUUCGAUUUUCCCGCCAUACAUCACGAAGAAAUCGUCUCGCAUGAUUACAAGCGGCUCAAACGACAGGUAUUAUACAAUAGUUUGCGUGACAAAUAUGUGUUGAAACGAGUACAUUUUAGGCCCCACCAUGGUAAUCGUGUACUCAAAAAAUAUAUACAUCGUUGGAUAUUGCAAUGCUUGAUAGCGAGAUUCAGGGAGCGCGAAUUGAGGAAGGCCCACAUGUAUGUCGAAGAGUAGUGAGGUGAGCAAACCGAUACUACGCUUUACUGAAAGACUUGCGAAUGUACUAACGGUUUUGGGUACUUUAAUUUAAGGACAUUUGGGGUUUGAUAUAGAGUGUUUAAAAAAAAGUGAGUCUAAAUUUGGUUUUCUUUAUGAAGCGUUUCAAUAAGAAUUGCAUGUGUGGCAUGGUUUGGGAGCUAAACUUCUGUGACUAUAGUGUGGUUUAGCUUUACAUCUUUGAGUUAACAAGAAACAUUCAAAUCAGCAAGCUUGACGCUAUUGCUUUAAGGGAUUAGGCCAGUCUAGAGUUCCCAAAAAAGAUCUAACUUUAAAAAUGUUUCACGGAGUAAGGAAAAAUGUACCUACUUUCUCCCUUUUAUUCUUUAUUGUACAUAUAUUUGGGUCAAUAUUCAGAACCACCUUUUUCUAGAAGACUUAGGGGGCCACCAUGACUCUUAGAACUCGUGCUAUCUGAAACAAAAUAAAGAACAAAAGAUAAAAUUUGGUAGUAAAGUACAACCAAUAACUUAAGACAAAUUUUCCCCAUAGCGGCCUUGUAAAAAGUGGUUCAACCGGAGAAAAUGAACAGUAAAUUUUGUACAAAAAAAUAUAAUAAAAUAACACACCAAUCCAAUGGAGUUUACCAACUAAUUUACUAGUAUCUAAAUAAAGUUUUUAGCACCCUACAGUGUCGCGAACUGGCCUAACCUUUAUGAUUUUUUUGAGAUCCGCUAAGAAAUAUUUAUUUAAAGACAUAAAUGGCACGUGCUGACACAUUUUCAAUACUUCCUUUAUCAAUUUUUAUAUGUAUUAUCUAGUAAAAGACACAAUGCAACAGUUAUAGAUUACCAUAUCUUUUGUUUGUCAUUGGAAAACAUGUAUUGUACGAAGAAUCUCAUGACACUAAAAGUCGUUUAAAAAUAUAUAUAUUUUUCCCCAACUACAUAACUUUAUUGUUGUAACUGUUAUUCUUGAAAUAAUUCUGUAUAUUUAAGUGAAAAAUACUACAUUGUUUUAAUAUUUAAAGUAAUGGAAAAAAAUAACUGUAAAUUUUGUAAUGCAAUACACCUUUAUGUUUAUAAAUAUUUUUUAAUUUCCUUCAAAGCCAAAACAAAAAGAUAAAAUCAGCUGUUUCGUGCGCAUGAAUGCGUUCAAAAAUAGCACAGCUCUUCGACUGUUCACUUACCAUAUAUUUAUGCAUAAUUUACUUUAUUCCAUCUACUAUAUAUUUACACAGUUACGGACAAUAAGUUAGAAUCAUCCAUUGUACUAAUUUUCCGUUCUAAAAAAAUUAUGAAAAUAUGAAUUUGAUUUAAAUUUAAAAAAAAAUCUCAAUCAUCUCAAAAUCUUUGGAGGACAAAAAAAUAGACUCAUAAUAUCUUACAUUAAAAAACAAAUAAAUUUUUAUAGAGAAAAUAAUAAUAUAACAGUUGUUAGCACCCUUUAUCGUCUAAUACAGAUGACAUAGACUGAAUUAGGCUACAGAAUACCAGACCUUUACACCUUCUCUCAGAGUUCCAGCUUAUUUUCUGAUUCAGCGCAUCCAAUAUUUUCCUAAACGAGAUUCCAUAACUUUUCGAUUGGAUUCAGAUUGUGCUGGCCAAGCCAUAACAUCAACACCAUGAUCUUAAAACUAUUUUUUUUGCAAGACUCGAAGUAUGUUUCGGGCCGCUCUCUUGUUGGAGUUGGUAAAUUGAAGACGAAUUCCAGACUUAGUCUAAAAUUUUAACACCACACCAUGAGAAACGUCCCCAAACCAUUAUAUUACCGUCACCGUGUUUGCAGGGCUUAGUCAUCUAGUGAUCGCACAUUUCUUUGCUUUUUGGACGUCAGACUCGCAUCCAACCAUCAUAUCCUAUCACAUUAAGUUUGUCUUCAGACCAUAGAAUGUCGAGGUAUUUUUUUUAAUUUUCAACUCCAAUGUGUCACAAGACACAUAAUUACGUAACUGAUACAAAUAUUUAUUCCACAGAUCUAAUUAGGCUAAUAUAACUACUUAUUAUGCUCUUUAAAUUCAAUGAAAUCAAAACAAAACCUUUGAUUCUAUUUUAUUGUCCGUAACUGUACAUAUAUAGUAUAUCUUACUUUAGUUUUAAACUUAAUUUUAAUGGAAAUUUAACUGCGUGUAUUAGCGUCUUAUCGGGAAUCGGAAUUUGCGUUUUAGGCAAAUGGCCGCGGUUUAAAACGACAUUAUCUAUUAUUUGUUAUUGAACAACAUUUUUAACAAUUUUCAAUAAUUUUUUUGCCACAUUUAAGUUGAGCACUAGUGUGGAAAUUUGUGCUCUCGUUAUUUAUAUAUUAGUGUUGAGUUUUUUUUAUACAAUAAGUAAAUAGCGGAAAAACUGAUUCAAAGUAUAGGCAUAAAAAACCAAAAACAAACAAAAAAAAUGUUUUUGUAUCAAAUAAGUUUUAUUACAAAAACAACGUUUCAACUUUCAAUAAUUUGUAAUCAUUUGCUUACAUAGCAUGUGUGUAUUUUCACUUUUUAACUACAAAUAUACUAUACAAAUAAGUUAUAGUGCACACCCUGUAUUCAAAAAUUUGUCUAAAUUGUCUGCAUGCAACAACAUAUUUCAAAAGUUUGUAACUCAGCUUAUCUGAGUUGUUAACAAUUUGAAAAAAAUAAUAAUAAUAAAUUUCUAGUACAAUAUUGCUUCAGAGAAAUUGUGAUAAAUAACAGAGUUAUGAUUUUCAGCUGAAUUAUACCAGGUCUCUUGCCACCGCAUAACGAAAUAAUUCGCGUUACACUCUGCCAGUUAUAUGUGACAAGCACACACUACACAUUUGUAUGUAUGUAUUACGGCAGGCACGACAAACGAAUGCUUCACUAAUCGCCAAUUACGGAAAACCUAAUUAGUUUUUCACACAUUUCAUAUUUGCUGCGAAUAAUUCGUUACAUAGCUGGCAAUUUUACGGACCAAGACUUUUUGCAUUUCACACUUGUAACGACAACACACUCCAAGCAAUAACUGUUUUCUUGAAAGUAAGGCAACGCAGAGCAAGUGAAAUUGGAUUGGAAAUAUACUUUUAUUAGAAAAAUAUUUGCAUUGCGAUUUUGUUGCGAGGCAAUGUCGUUGUGUAAGCAAGAAUUAUAGAAAUAGAGAUUACGACAGUUACAAUCCGUUGCAUUUUUGUAGUGCGUUUGACAGAAAACACGUUAGUCAUGAGCGGAUCAAGGUAUAAUUGUUGUUUUUGUAGCGGCAGAAAACAUUCCUGAAGCAACUUCGGAAUGGUGACAAUCCUUGGACGGAUGAAAAUCCGAGUCCGUUCCGUUUACUUAGAUCCGACUGUCGUGGGCAGUCUUUGUUUACAAUUACUAUUAACAUUUUACAGUUCACUUCGUUUAUGACGUCAUGUUCUAAUCUUUUCUUAACAUUUUGGUAGUCAAAUUUACUGCAUACUUCAACAAAAAGUAUAGUAUAGUAUCGUGUUUCCUUAAAAAUGUGUUUGCCUUUUGUGGUUAUUAAUCCACGUUGUUCUUUAGGAAAAUGCAUUCAUUCAUGGAGUUUGAGUAAUAGCUUCAAAUAUACUGUGUUUGACAUUAGUUGAAAUAAUGUAAAAAUG